GCUGUAAAAUUUUCUUCCUUUGUUUUCCAGUCACCGGAUUCUCCGUGGCCACAAACUCAGCUGAUUGCCCUCCUGCAAGCUGCUGUCUGCUCCCUGCCAAAGAAUAUAACAGUGCCACAACAGGAGAAGUUGCUGGUACAACUCAUGGAGCUAGCUUGCACCAGCGACCAUCGAUUCACUUACACGUCUGCUGCCAAAUGCAUUGCUGGCCUUAUCAACAAAUACCCUGCAGGUGAACAAUUGGAUUCUGUUCUCCAAGAUGUGUUGAAAAAAAUUGACAGUGGGCUGGAGAGGAACGCUGGAGAUUGUACACAGGCCACUAGCAGGACCCGGGUUUUCACCUUGCUGCUGUGGUUAACAAAAGCACUUGUGCUGCGUUAUCAUUCUCUAGCUGCCAUAUUGACUGACAAGCUGAUACAGCUGCUCACUGACCCCGAUCUGGGAACUGAUGCAGCAGACGGAUUCUCUGUGUUGGUCAGUGACUCCUCGGAUGUCCUGAACAAGGCCACUCACGCUGACAUUCGCAUUAUGUACCGGCAGCGAUUCUUCACUGAGAAUGUCCCCAAGCUGGUCCAGGGCUUCCACUCAGCCAGUGAAGAUAAUAAGUCAAACUACCUGAAGGCACUUUCUCACGUUUUGAACAGUCUUCCGAAGCAGGUCCUGAUGACAGAGCUCCCGUCGCUGCUGACUCUGUUGUUGGAGGCCCUGUCCUGCUCAGACCAGGUGGUUCAGUUGUCCACGCUGGGCUGCUUGCAUCCUCUGUUGCUGGACGCCACUCAGACUAUGAGCUUGCAUGUGGAGACCUUAGUGAACAAAUUGCUCAAUCUGACUUCUAGCCCUGCCAUGAAAGUCCGUAUUGCAUCCUUACAGUGCAUGCAUGCACUGACCAAGCUGCCGCCACAUGUGAUCCUGCCCCACAAAUCCCGGGUUAUCCAAGCCCUGGCCAAACCCUUAGAUGACAAAAAGCGACUGGUGAGGAAGGAAGCGGUGAGAGCUCGGGGAGAAUGGUUUCUUUUAGGAAGCCCAGGCAGUUGAUGCGGGUCCACCUGACCAGAGAGAGAGAGAAAAGACAAUCAGACGAGGCCUAGCCUGUCCGGCACAUUUACAACCAGUGGCCUGUUCAACUUAACAUUCCAAGCCCCCACAAAAAAAAACACAAUAAAAAUUAAAUCCUGUUUUUCUUACAAAACAAAAAGUUUCCAGCGGAAAUGAAGACUGAAAUAAUGAAGAAUUUGCACCUUUAACCAAUUAAUGACUAUUUAAAUAAGCACAUUUCAUUCAGCGCCUCAUGUGGUCUCUGAACAGCCCAUGUGUAGAGUGUGAUCAUUUUUCACCUUGUAUAAUAUAACAAAGCAGUCUCACUAACUGAGCAAAUCACCUAAUUCGUUCUAGUAACUGAGCAAAGAUUGAGAAGACGUCUUGGCAAAUCGCAUCAAAUAGCUGCUCAGCGAUUCUGCUGUAUCGUGGUUGAGAUGGUUCAUUUCACCCUAAUGUGUACCAGGACAAACCCGUACACAACAUUGGAAACCCAGGAGUUACAGACUGGAAACUAAUCGAAGGGUUUAGGUGGUUUAUAUAUGCCACAACAGGUAAUUGAGAGUGAGUUACAGACCGAAAGCUAAUUGAGGGGUUCAUUAGGUUCUAUGUAGAAUAACAGGUACUUGGGAAUAAGUUACAGACUGAAUUGUAAUCAAGGGGUUUUAUUGUUUAUAAAUGGAAUAACAGACACCUAGGAAUUUGUUACAGACGAAUUUGUCCAAAAGCUUGGAGCUUUAAAUAUAGAACAAUACCUGGGUGUGAGUUACAGGCUGGAACUUAAUCGAUAGGUACAGUGUUGAAAUUGCUUUAAUUACUUUUUUUUUUAGAAAGUGCAUCUCCUUAAAUUCUCCUUGGCUGAUCCUCUGUGAGUUAGGUGAUGCAUGUUUUUUUAGAUUAGUAUGUACUAUAUACCAUGUAUUGCAGAAUGUAACCUACUGCUGUUCAGUUAAAGCUGCUUUUAGUGGUGGCCUGUCUUUUCAGGCUGUCAAGUCUAACUACUCUAGGUCAGUGAGAGUGUCAUUAUUGCUGGUGAGGAUGAUAUGAAAAUUGCUAAGAGCCAGAACAAAAUACUUGUCUUAUAAAAAUUGUGAACUUUUCAAAGUGUGACAGAUGUGACAAAAUGCAAGACUUGUAGUGGAGUACGAGUGAUAGAGGUAUUCCAUAGUCAGGAUUCUAUUUACUGAGUAAUUAUACCAGUGUGGUCUUGGUCCACUGAGAAAUAACAUGAAUGAUCUAUACCUGUCAGCUUCAAAAAUUGGGAGAAAUCAGACGUGAAAUCACUUGUAUUUUUGUUAGGUGAAUCUCAUUGCUAUUCCCUCUUGGUGUAGUGUGGCUCUGAUCCAUAUUUGUUGACGAGUAUCACAUUGGCACUCAGGACACCUUAGCAGUAUUACAGAAUGGGGAGGGACGAUGAAUAGCGAGGGGUAAAAUGGAGCACAACAGAAAAAGGUGCCUGUGGAAAACAAGUCGGGGCAGUGGUAGAAUGAACAAGAUCAUAGAAUAUUUGCACUUUUUUGGGGAGGGAACGUCUCCUCCAGUUGAAGCCCUUCUCUUUGCCAGGUAUUAUUUUGGGAGGAGCAGUUUACUGACAACCAUCAGACUGUCUUGCUGCUUGUGUUUGCUCUGUAAUUGUUGGUUGAUUACUGCCUAGGCGUGCCACAGUCUACACUGAGCUGAUUCCAGACAGAACUUCAGUUGUCCUCUAUGAUGGUGAGGCUGGUUGAUACUCCCUGGCAUGAAUUAACACUGAUUUACUGGGAGGAGGUUGUCAAAAAUUGUCUUGAGGAAAAGUAUUUUCUGUCCACAACUUUUACAGAAAUAGUGCACAUUGCUGGCAUUGUGCUAAAAUGUUAAAACCCUGUAUGUGUCUUGGAUUAGUUAAAGAGAAAUAUGACAAGAAUCACUGUCUCACA